CAUUUUGCAGCUACGCUGUCUGACCCACAACUGAUUGGCUUUCGACCAAACACCGUUGGAGCAGCUCUACGGGAUGGUUAUUCCUACUAUGUCACGGAGUUCAACAUCGGCUACAGCAUCCUUUCUUUCCCAUCUGGGCGAUCUCUGAAUAAUUCGGAGCCGAAGUCAAUAUUUACGCUACCGUAUCCAUUCCAUGGUACCGAUAAUACCGUUUACAAUCGAACUGCUUACUACAAUUACGAUAUGGAUGUGAUUUCAUUCAAUAUGAGAACUGAAUACACGAAAGUUCUUCGGUUGAAUAUCUCGAAGCCUUUGUAUAACAACUCCAGCAGCUCCCGCAUGGACAUACAAGCUGAUGAGCAUGGUCUUUGGGUUAUGUAUCGAAGAAAUGGUGAAAAGUACUUGACAGUUAGUCGUAUCCAACCCAUCAGUUUGAAGGUUCUAUCCACUUGGCCAUUGCAAGCUAUUCUUCCUGAAUAUUUAUGCAACGCAUUCAUCCGGUGUGGAUUACUGUAUACCGUAACGUGUGGCGUCAAGCAUGUGACAGUGUCUGCGGAUUACGACUUUUACGAACAGAUGUACGUUAGCAGCAUACCGAACGAAUGGAGCGGUAAGGAACUUAGCCUGAUUACAAAUCUACGAGAGAAAAUGGGUUUACAGUAA